UCAGUAUCUCUAAGCUUUAUGUUGUCAAACACUUCUACACUUUCUGUGCCUUAACAUGCACAAAAUUGUAAUUUCCGGGAGUUGGCCUCUUUGGGUGGUGAAGAGUUGAAGAUGUUCUGCACGGAGAGCUGUGAGCACGGAUGCAAUGCAACCUCGUCGGGCAAGCUGAUCGCCAAUGGAAAUGGAAAUGCAAAUGCAAAUGGCCUACAGUCGCAGGGAAACUCACAGCAUCAGUUCACUAUGUCCUACGCUCCACUGUCGACCAACAAUGGGUCCUCCAAGUCCGAAGUGGAGCCCCCGCGGCUAGGAAUGUGCCUGGUCACCGAGUGUCCAGAGGGUUUGAGCAUUGACUGCAAUGUGCCACUGCCCAAUUCCUUUAAUUUGGAUGAGUACAAGAAUCAUAUGAUCUGCUCGAGCUGCACCCAGUUCAAUGGAGGCGGUGGCCUGGAUAGGUUUGGCCAGCCAGGAACGGCCAGUCCUAGUGCCAAUCCAUAUCCAACUCCGCUUCCAAAUCCCAUCCAGCCCUCUGCUUGCAGCUUUCAUGGCCAGUGCUGUCCCACCGGAGGACCAUGCGCUGUAUACGAUUCGCAGCCAAAACCACCAAGAUCCCAUCGACAGGAACUACCGGUGGGUCAAGGAGCCCCUAUGAUGCCGCAGAUCUUUUGCCUGGCACCACCCAGUUCUCAUGGCUGCCCAAAUCAGCCCGUGUAUUUGUGCAGCUUGAUUCCAGUUCCCCAAUCCUGGAACCUUCUUCCACUGGUCCAGCCGCAUCACUUGCCGCAUCAGCAGCUGCUGAUGAAUCCCGCACAGGACUCGCAGCUGCCGAUGCAGCAACUGGUGCAGUAUGACCUGUCCUUCAACCGCCUGCUGGCCGAAUUGCGGAAGGAACGGGAGAGGUCCUGUUGUGAGCUGCAGAUGCCCCAGCCUCUGGCCUUCCAGCUAUAUGCGCCCACGGUUAGGUUCCAAGAUCAGCCAGAAGCCUGUUCUGCGAAGAGAGAGCCUCCUUGUCCGCCGGCAGCUCCUUGCACCCGUUCACCACCACAACCACCAUCUGCCUCGCCAUCCCCACCAGUCACAUCUGCCUCCUCCGCCGGGCUGCCCAGAGCUCGUUCGGCCAGUCCGAAGCGCAGUCGGUCCUGUCUCCGGAACAAGGAUCUCUGGGACAGUGGGGGAUCCAUUCCAGGCCCUUCCACCUGCUCCGCGACCCCCCAACAUGUGGCCGGCAACGUGUGCAUGAAGUGCGGAAACUGCUGGCACUGCCCGCGCUGCAACUGCUCCAACUGCUGCUGGCAUCCCGGCUUGGUGCGAAAUCCUCCGAGAGAUGGUCGGUAA